AUGGUUGUCAUCAAGAAAAGAGGUGCAACGAAGAAGCUGGGUCCACUCUGCCUAGGUCGAAACUCGAUAAAAUUCCGUCUGCCAAACAGUUCCCGGCACUUCAGCGUGCACGAAGACCUACUCUGCCGCAACGCGCAGUACUUCAAGCAGACAUUCCAGACGCGGCGCCGGGAAAUCGAGGGAGAAUGCCUGAUAUGUCGCGACGAUCUCGAUCCCAAAGCCGACGACGUGACGUUCUGCAGGUCGCCCUGCGGCCAGAAUUACCACGAGAAAUGCAUUGAGCGGUGGGACGUAACGGCCGAGAAUGGAGCUACGUGCCCCAUCUGCCGCCGGGUCUGGCAAUUCAAACCGAAGGAACUUGUCGAUGUACCUGAAGAUGCGCACCUGGAUCACGAUGCUGUGGAGUCGUACGUGGAGUGGCUGUAUACAAAGAAGCUGGACUUUGGCGAGGACUCCACACGAUACACGACGCAAUACGAGCUCCGGCUGCUCAAAGCCUGGACAGUCGCUGACGUGUUCAAAGACGAGGGUUUCAAAAACUGCAUUGUCGCCGAGUUCGUUGCUUGGAUGGAUAAAGACGUCGCGCUCUUUGGUCGCAACAGCGUACGAUAUGCGUAUGAAGAGCAGUGUAUAGCCUCCAUGCGCGAAUUUGUCCUCGAUGUAUGGCUGAUGCAUAACACGCUGGGUUUCAUCUCCCACCUCUUCAAGGACCUCCCUAAUGAGUUCGCGAGAGAGCUGUGUCUCGCCCUGAUGCUGCGGACCGAUUGGAAGGACAUGAAACUCAAGGAUUUGUUGAAAAAGCAUACUGGAGGUGAGUAUGAUGUGGAGGCUGAAGCUCAAGAAUAG